AAUGUUGGUCAUGAAGGAAAUACGUACUACAAUACUGAGCGCGAGCUAUGUCGCCGCCUCUCGCCUGCGAGAUCAACCUCUGGGAAAAAAGACACCCUUAUUGGAAAAAAAGUGCUAGUUGUUGCUAGGCUAGCUACUUAGCUUCGCAAAAACGUAGCACACGUUGGCUAACCUGGUCCAAAUGCAAGACUACAACAGGGCGUUCCAGUAGUUCAUGGAAUUAUUUCGGAUAGCGGGUCAAAUGGUUUAUGAGUCUGUGCAGACAUGGGCGACAUGAAAACCCCGGAUUUUGAUGAUCUUCUGGCUGCCUUUGACAUCCCAGAUGCCACAGGGUUGGAUGCCAAAGAGCCCAUCCAGGAGGGUAAUGAUGAGGGGCAUCUAAAACACUCUGGAGUAUCCACCAAUGACAGUUUGCUGAGUAAUCAAGCAAUCCCUGUUGUGGAUAUUCCUGCUGUGAGUGUGAUUGUAAAAAAUACACAUCACCAGGAGUCAUUGGACGGUUUUGGAAAUGGGCUCCACUCAGAAUCAGCUUUGCCAAAUGGAUUUAAUGGACAGAGAUCUGGAGAGACGGCAAACAAUGUAUUCAGUAAGUCUUUUAUCUCUGCUCUGAAUGGGGAAUUUUCAAGUGAAUUUCUUGGAAAGGCACCUAUUCAACACAAACCCGAUGCAACGCCGCUUUUUUCCCAAUCACAUGUUCACUCAAGUCCUAUUUCCAGUCCUGAGCAUGAAGACAGUUUAAUAAGGAGACAAAAUGUGCAUUCCAAGCAAGAGAGAUCAUGUUUCCCCGAAGAAUCCAAUUUGAUGGAACCCUCAGCAGCAGACGAGCCACAAAAGACAGAACUUAGUAUUUUCAAUGAGCUUCGGGAAGACAAUGAGUCGCCCGGGAGAAGAAACGAGGAGCCACCUGACACCAGUGUCAGUAAUAAAAUGACAAGAGCACACAGUGGCCUUCCUCAUCUAUGCAGUAACAAGACCUUGAGUGAGACUACCUGCAAUUUGGGAACCUCUGUGGAUGGCCCUGACUCGUUUUCACAAAUCAAGCCGUACGCUUCUAAAGUACCAUCUUGCCUUGAGGCCCUAGUUGCUCUCAAUGCUAGAAAGGAACCCAGCGAGCAAAUAAGGAGUCCCAGAGAGUCUCAAGCAAUGAACAGCGACUGCAUGAAAUACAGCCCCAAGGUGCCCAUAUCCCCUCGUAGUCCCAUGAGCCCGCUGGAAACGGUGAAGCGACUCAUGAAGCCACCCGACAGCCCAGUGAGCAUCUGUAGUGACAGCAGCGGCAAGGCCGGAGGCUCGCCCCCUGUCAUACCCAAAGUCCGAAUAAAGACCAUCAAAACCACCACUGGGCAGGUGAAGCGCACCGUUACCAGCGUGCUGCCCGAUUCCGAAACGGACGACGUCCACUCAGCCUACGAGUCUUCGCCAUCACAGAGUUUGUUGAGUGAGGAUGGAGCGUAUUCACCAAAAGUCUUGCACAGCAAAUCGGAAGAAACCCCCAGGACUCCGACAGUGUUCCAGAAUUUACCCGUCCGAAGAUCAGCUGCACCUCGGGCACAUAGGCCAAAGAGAAUAUCUUCUAGUAAAGGACAUACAAGAAGCUCUGGCUUCCUACCCAAAGCAGCACACCUUGCCAGUUUGAACCUCGUCCCUCACAGCGUCGCCACCUCGGUGACCGCCCGCUCCGCCUCGCAUCAAUCCAGCCAGCACACGCUUUCCUCAACUGUGUGCAGCACCGUCCCAUUGGUGCAUCAGAUCAAAACUUGGCCACAAACAUCUGUCCCUAACACAGCAGCCAGCACCCUCAACCGUCUUCUAAACAACGCCAACCCAGUGCCGACAUACGUGCCUGACCUGAAUCCCCCACCCGACAGCGACAUCCGCCUCCCGGUGCGAGGCUACCGCUGUCUCGAGUGCGGGGACUCGUUCGGGGUAGAGCGAAGCCUUGCGUUCCAUUACAGCCGGAGGAGCGUCCACAUCGAGGUGGGAUGCACGCACUGCGCCAAGACCAUGGUGUUCUUCAACAAGUGUGCCCUGCUAGCGCACGCCAGGGAGCACAAGAAAAACGGAGCGGUGAUGCAGUGCACGCAGCUCCACAUGAAACCCAUCGCUGAGGCGAACAUGUUCGUGCCUCUCGGUACAGAGCCACUCAAAACGGACUCUCGCGCCACACCAUCUCGCUCACUUAAAAGUCAGCCAGCCAUGCCUCUCUAUCCAGACGACGUCACCCACCACAGAUUGUGGUGCUUGGAGUGCAACAAGCAAAUGUCAGACCACCGAGCACUCACUGGCCAUUAUCAGUCUCUUUCAGACGAUAAGAAAGGAUUGAUUUGCAAGCUUUGCUCCAUGUUGCUACCCAACAGGUGCAGCUUGAAAGCCCACCUGCGUAUUCACGCACUCAAGCCCCCUUAUUGCUGCCCCGAGUGUGGCGCCGUGGGUCAUUCUGCCGACAUUCAGAAGCACGUCAGGGAAAACUGUCUCCACUAUGCACGCAAAGCCUGGUACAAAUGUCUUCACUGCGAAGUGGUUUUCAAGACCCUUCUAGGACAAAAGUCACACAUUGAGGAGAAACACUGCCAGGUUCUCCACAAAUGCUCCGCCUGCCCCGUGGCCUUCAAAACUUCAGUCAGCUAUGAAGCUCAUUUAAAGAAAAAACAUAGUGCUAGCAAAAUCCCUCCUCAGUUCACCUUCAAAUGCUCAUGUGGUGACAUUUUCCAGAAGAAGUGGUUACUCUUUCAGCAUUUUCAUCAGGACGCCAACAAGCGUCUGUGUUGUGUGUUUAAGUGUCCAGAAUGCAACUCUGUCUUUUCUCAAAAGCAGCCAUUGAUGCAGCAUUUCAAGAGUGUACAUGGAGGAGAGGUGAGACCAGAGACAGAGGUGAACGAUACACAAACUAACAAUAGUAGUUUGCACCGGGAGGCCAGUCCCAUCAAUGACCUGGUAAAACCCACGGAGGCUCCCCGAAAGAAGGCGGAGAAGGACAGCAACUCUCGAGUGAGGUCGUCCGGCUGGACGUGUGGGGAAUGUCUCCAGUGUUUCCCUGAGCGAGACCUCUACCUUUCCCACCUGAAGUCCAAGCAUGGAAAGUCAUUAAAGCGCUACCCCUGCCGGCAGUGCGAACAGUCGUUCAACUCCACGACGAGCCUAAGAAGACACAUUCGCGGUGACCACGAUGUCAAGAAGAAAAUUUACAUUUGUUGGUAUUGCACAGACAGAAAGACAACAUUUACCAGCAGUGUGAUGAUGAAGAACCACAUCAGUCUGAUGCAUGGAAUCAAAAAUCCUGACCUUGGUCAAAUGCCAAAAACCUCCAUGCCGGAAUGCAAAAACGUUUUGGGCAAGGAUUCUGGACCACCCACCGCAGGCAAGGAGGAGAGUCGGGACGUGGCAAUUUCCCAACAGGCUCCUUCAGCCAAGCGUCUAAAAAUGCAGUUCCGCUGCUCCAAGUGCGGAUUCAUCACGGACGACAACAUCCAGUUCCAGGAGCACAUUGCAACGCAUAAAAGCACCCAAAACACUCCCCAGUGCCUUCACUGCGGCCUGUGCUUCACAUCGUCGCUGUCCCUCAGCAGACACCAGGUCAUCGUUCACAAGGUUAGAAAUCUUGCAGAGGAGGAAGAGGUGGUGACAGACAGUUGUCCCAAAGAGGAGCCCUCGCAGCCAGACCAGGUCUCUCAUUCAAAUUUCACCCAGACAUCAGGACAAUGACGUCAAUGUCCAUACAUCUCUCAAGCUGCUUUCUGUCUGGAACUACCACACACUGCUCGAUUCUCUACAUGGUCAUGCUGUUUACAGAGCCACUGCAGCACAUUAAAACAAAGGUUUAAAGAAAACACACGCACACACACGCAUAGUUAUAGAUGGCAAACUGAUAGACCUGGUUUCAUAGCUUUUUUUAAUUGAUCUUUGUAUGCUGGCUAUUAUGCAAUGUGCCUGCCUGCCUGUGGCACUCAUGUUACCGCUAAAGCUAUCUCUUUUUUUAAAUUAAUUUUUUUAACGAAUAUUUCAUCCACCAUGAUAAGGGAGUUACGAAACUGGGAUUAUAGUUUUGGUACAAACCAAUAACAUCAUGGAGGGAUAAGAUUGUGCUUUUUUGUGACUUUUGUAAUGGACUGCAAUUUAAUUGCUUAAAUCUUAGUAUUAAUGCCACCAAAUGUCUUCUGAAUGGCAUUCUGGGCACUCAUCAUGCACUAUUCAUUUAAAAGCAGUACUAAUGACCAUAGACUGAUGCUAAAGCCUUUCAGAAGUUGGGUUGUGGAAUAAGAACGAUGUUUCACUAUGUGAGCAUUAUAUGCUUUUAUUUGUUGUUUUUUUGUGAAAGGUUGGAAAGGGGAAGCAGAGAAAGUUGUUGAAUGUGAGGUUUAGCAGUACUAAAAAUACCUCAAACUACAGUAAAAUGUCUUUUGGAGGCAUGUAAAUUCUGUAAUGUCAAAAAUCAAGGUACGCGAGUCAAGAUUAGACCUAGCGUAUUGUGACUAGCAAAAAUCUGAAAGGAGGCAAGUGAGGAAUGCCUUUGCUGUGACUGUUUUGUGUUGGAAGUGUGACAGUAACUACCUCCAUGGUAAAUGGCAGUGAUUGUUCAAUGUGCAGAGGAGUCACAGUUAAUCUCAGUGCAAUUCAGAAUCUAUUAUCCCACAAUAUAAAAUUUUAUAAAUUGAUUUGGGGAACCAUAUUGACCCUGUUAAGUCAUAUUGACUUGUUAUGUAAGUGCUACAUGAGUUUUUAAUUUUCUCCUUUCUGCAUCCUUAAAGGCAGCAUGUGGCUGCUCAGUCUGACAUGCAUGAUUUGUCCUUUUGUGCCCACUGAAGGAUUUAUUUUUUUAAAUACAUUUGAUACCCUGUACAGUGACGACUUGUAUACCAGCCAUAAGAGCCUUGCUUAAGCUAUGACAUCUAUUCAGCAUGCAGUGGCCCAUGAGCCUUACUGUUAUGUUCCCCGAAUAAAGAAUUGGUGCAUUUAGUUAUA